AUGGAGGGCCGGGUCUCUUCAGGGCCCAAAUCAGAGGAGUCACUGAAAGUAGAAGGAAAGGACCCUCAUGUUGCCCAGGUGGGAACCAUCCAGGAGUUUCUGCCUGGGUCUGCCCCACAGCCCAUCAAGCAAGAGGGGGGGCUGCAGCAGUGGGAAUCCCAGUGGCGGGAGUUCCUGAAGACUAUGCAGCUUCCACACUCGGGACGAGAGUGCCACCAGUCAGCUCCGGCCUGGUCGGAGGAGGACACCCAGGACUUCCUGGUAUCUUUCAAGGGAGUAACUUGUGCCAAACGACGGCUUAAAGGAGCGCCUGCAGCCCAAAUUUUACCAGGACUCCCUGAAGAAGCCCAAGAAGGCCUCAUUUCUUCUGUGGAAGUGAAGGGAGAGAUUUUGGAAGAGGAAGAGGGCAACCUGGAGACGCAACGCCAGCGGUUCAGGCAGUUCCGCUACCAGGAGAUGGAGAGUCCCCGAGAGGUCUGUGGGCAGCUCCGGGAGCUUUGCCAUCAGUGGCUGAAGCCUGAGCAGCACACCAAGGAGAGAAUUCUGGAGCUCCUGAUCCUCGAGCAAUUUGUGGUUAUCUUGCCCCAGGAAACGCAGAGCUGGGUCAGGGAAUGUAAUCCAGAGACCUGCACCCAGGCGGUGGCCCUGGUCGAGGGUUUCUUGCUAAGGCAGGAAGAAGAUGAAAAACAGGAGGAGGAGAUACUGGGGCCUGUGGAGGAAGUGACUGUUCAUUCCCCUAAAUCUGAGCAGGAUCUGUCUGAUGUCAUGAAGACACAGUUCUCCAUGGAAACCAAGCCAGAGGGUGAUGUGGAGGAGAGAAUUCUGGGAGCUGAUGAACAUUUGUGGAAGAGGACCUUUCGGCUGGAACAACCUGAGCAAGGGGAGAUCAGUAAAAUGUUCCUUGGAAGACCCAAAGGGACUUUUUCCCAAGCGGCUGAAAAGUCUGGUAUUCGGCAGGGCUCAGAAAGUCCCCAGGGUAGCCGUGUGAGGAAGAUGACAAAACAGAACUUUCUUUGCAGGGAUGCUGAGAGAGGCAUCUGUAAAACUGCCUUCCAAGAGGAGAUCCAGAAGAGUCAACCACAACUCAUAGUAGCUGAGGAAACACCGAGUAAAGAGAAGCUGCCCACAUGCACACAUUGUGGGGAAAACUUCGCUAACACAUCUCACCUUAUUAUGCACCUGACAACCCACAUGGGACAGGAAUCACACGAAUGUUUGGAUUGUGAGCAGAGACUCGGUCAAAGAAUACACAUUGUCAAUUGUGAAAAGGCCAACAUGGGAAACAGAUUGUACGGCUGCUCUGAGUGUGGGAAAAGCUUCAGUGACCCCUCAUGCCUCAGAAAGCAUCAGAUGAUACACACGGGGGAGAAACCGUACAGUUGCUCGCAGUGUGGGAAAAGCUUCUCACAGCGCUCUGUCCUUUGGAGACACAAGCGAUCCCACACAGGAGAGAAAUCACACACCUGUGCAGAUUGCGGCAAAGGGUUCUGUGACAAAAAUUCCCUCAGCACUCACCAGAGAGCCCACACGGGAGAGAAACCGUUUGAAUGUUCCGAGUGCGGGAAACGGUUUGGCUAUGCCCCGAACCUGGCAAGGCACAAAAAACUGCACUCAGGGGAAAAGCCGUAUCAGUGCUCAGAGUGUGGCAAACACUUGUGUGAUAAGAAAUCCCUCAUUAUGCACAAAAGAACACACACAGGGGAGAAACCGUACACAUGCUCGGAAUGUGGCAAAAACUUCAGUUGGAAAGGAUCCCUUCUCAUUCAUGAGAGAACCCACACGGGAGAGAGACCGCACCAGUGUUCAGACUGCGGCAAAAGCUUCUGUGAUAAACAGUCACUUAUUACGCACAGGCGAGCCCACACAGGAGAGAAACCGUAUGAGUGCUUGAAAUGCGGGAAACGGUUUGGUUAUGCUCCAAACCUAGUCCGACAUAAGAAGCUACACACAGGAGAGAAGCCGUACCAGUGCUCGCAGUGUGGGAAAUGGUUCUCUCAGCCCUCGGACCUUCUAAGACACGAGUCAAUCCACACGCGAGAGAAGCCGCAUAAAUGCACAGACUGUGACAAAAGUUUCAGCCAGAGGGCCUCCCUCAUUGGGCACCAGAGAACCCACACAGGAGAGAAACCAUAUGAAUGCGCCGAGUGUGAAAAAAGUUUCUGUAGUUUUUCUGGUUUCCGUAAACACCAGAGAAUCCACACAGGAGUAAAACUAUAA